GCCGCGGUCUGGGCGCCCGAGGUGGCCGUCGGUCUCGGUCCCAGGCUCCAGCCCAGCGUGGAGACGCGCUUCCUCUUCCGCAUUCCCAGGCGUCCGGAGGAGAGGGUGCAAGUUCGGGGUCCCCGCGAGUCCGAGUCUCCGCGAGUCCCGGGUCUGAGCAGCCUCGGCGCGUCCGGCUGCUCUAGCCGCACCCCGGGCGCACGGGCCAGAGGGCGCGGGAAAAAGGGAGGGGGGCCUCCUGCCGGAAGAUGAGGAAGCCCGACGGGAAGAUCGUACUUUUGGGGGACAUGAACGUGGGCAAGACGUCGCUGCUGCAGAGGUACAUGGAGCGGCGCUUCCCGGACACGGUCAGCACGGUGGGCGGUGCCUUCUACCUGAAGCAGUGGCGCUCCUACAACAUCUCCAUCUGGGACACUGCAGGGCGUGAGCAGUUCCAUGGCCUGGGCUCCAUGUACUGCCGGGGGGCGGCUGCCGUCAUCCUCACCUACGACGUGAACAAUGCCCAGAGCCUGCUGGAGCUGGAGGACAGGUUCUUGGGCCUGACAGACACGGCCAGCGCCGACUGCCUCUUCGCCAUCGUGGGAAACAAGGUGGACCUGAGUGAGGAGGGGCCCGGGGAGGGCGGCCAGGAAGGAGGGCAGGGCCCUGGGCUGGCUGGCGGCGGCGGCUGUGCAGCCCCCAGGCUGCCGAAGCAGGUGCAGCUGGAGGACGCGGUGGCCUUUUACAAAAAGAUCCUCAAGUACAAGAUGCUGGAUGAAAAGGAAGUGCCGGCCGCGGAGCAGAUGUGCUUCGAGACCAGUGCCAAGACCGGGCACAACGUGGAUCUGCUGUUCGAAACCCUGUUUGACAUGGUGGUGCCUGUGAUCCUGCAGCAGAGAGCCCAGGGGCCGCCGCAGACCGUGGACAUCACCAGCUCCAGGCCGCCCGCACGGACCAGAUCUGGGUGCUGCGCCUGACGUGCCCAGGCCCGGCCCCCCAGGGUGCACGGACGGUCAGAGGAGAAGAUCGGGGGUCACUUUGUAGAACUGCACUUGGAGGAGGAGACCGGGUGGAAAUGCCAGCCAGUAGCGAAGGUCCCCGUGACUGGUCCCCCACGUACAUCGCUGCCCUGGGAGGUGGGGAGUGGACGAACCGUCCAGGGGAGCCUCCUGCAGAGCCGGGCUCCCGGAGACCACCGUCCCCUGGCUGCCCCGUCUUCACACCUGGCCUCUGACAGAAGGUUUUCGGCUGUCUCGGCACCUGUGUGACUUUCAAACGUUUCUGCUCACUGUGAUUUAUCUUUGGUCCUACCAUUCGGUACUUGUACCCUGAUGCAUCGUAAUGAUUCUCGAUAAAUGUUAAUUUAUACAAAAUCAGGAAUCAAUGUUUUUUAUAUCAGUUGCAGCAUUGUGAGCCACACAUAUUAUUAAAAAGGAUUUUGAGAAGAACUUUGAUUUAGACUUUAUUUGUGCUCCCAUGGGCUCCUUGCUGGGGGUGCUCGAGUGAUGGCUGUGAGCUUAAGGCACGUCUCUCUAUCUUUAAAAGCUGCAUCGAAUUCUACAAAUUCCAGGUAUUUAGGUUGGCCCAUCUGCCUAGUUGUCUUGAAGACACGAGUUCCAAUAAUAGAAGCAAAACUAAAAGCUCUGUCUCUGCUGACCUCUGUGUGGGUCGCCCGGGCAGUUGCUAAAUAAGAAACCUCUUUUCCGGGGGUGGGGUGUGGCUUUGUUCUUAAGAGAUGCCAAGACAGGGAAGCCGUGAGACAACAGUUUUGUUUUCUUAGAAAUUUAAUGGAAAACAAGUAGGUCAGGCUUGGGGCUCUCUGUUGGGAAAGGGGUGUCUCAGCCAGCUUGGCAGCUGUAAUGAAACACCACAGACCUUUAUUUCUCAGUCCUGGGGGCUGGAGGCUAGAUUGAGGUGCCAGCCGACUCAGUUUCUGGUGAGGGCACUCUCCUGGCUUGUAGAUGGCCACCUUUCUGCAUGUGUCCUCACGUACUGGAGGGAGAGAGAGCUCUUGUGAC